AUGAAGUGCAACACGGCCUUGCUAGUACUACUUAGCGCAAUACUCAGCGCUGCAAACGCUUUGAUACGAAAUGGGAACACUACGCAGGCAUUAGUUCCGGAAAAGAGCAAUGACCCGAGUGGGGGCCAGAACAACCCCUCCGGUGACAACCGAGAGACUUGUGAAAUUCAACAGAUGGCCCAAGAAAUGAUGGAAAAAAUGAUGAAAGAAAAAGACGUGUUUAGCUCCAUCAUGGAACCCCUCCAGAGCAAAUUAGCCGACGAUCACCUCUGUUCAGAAGUAAAAUAUAAGAACAUUUGUCUUCAAGAAAAGGACAAUAAUUCCUUGACCUUCCCCUGCACAAGUCCGGAGUACGAACAAUUAAUUCACGAAUUUACUUAUAAAAAGUUAUGCAAUUCCAAGGUGGCCUUUAGCAACGUGUUGCUCAAAUCGUUCAUCGAUAAAAAAAACGAAGAAAACACAUUUAACACGAUCAUAGAGAAUUACAAAGUUCUGUCCACUUGUAUUGAUGCAGAUUUGAAGGACAUUUAUAGUGCAUCCAUACAGUUAUUCUCCGACCUUAGAAGCGCCGUCACAGAAAUCUCGGAAAGGUUGUGGUCCAAGAAUAUGAUCGAUGUUUUAAAGACAAGAGAGGAAACCAUUACAGGCAUUUUAUGUGAGUUAAGAAAGGGAAAUAAUUCUACUCUAGUAUCGAACAGUUUUUCGUAUGACAAUUUUGGAAUCCUCAAGGUUAAUUAUGAAGGGUUACUAAACCAGGCGUAUGUGGCAUUUUCAGACUACUAUUCAUUCUUUCCCCUUUUUGCCAUGCGCUUGUUAGAAAAUGGCGGAUUGGUCGAGCGAUUGGUCGCUAUCCAUGAGAAAUUGACCAACUACAGGACGAGAAAUAUUCUCAAGAAGAUCAAUGACAAGUCCAAAAAUGAGGUCCUGAAUAACGAGGAUAUUAUGCACAGCUUGAGCAGUUACAAGCACCAUGCCACGGGUACGCGUGGCUCCUUCCUGCAGUCCAGAGGUGUGCGCCAAGUUACGAACAGCAACGUGAGCGUUGACCAGAAGGGCGAUCAGACCGCCACCGCGGGGGGCAACGAAAGCGAAAACGUGCCCGCGGCGGUCCCCAAGGAUGACGCGCCUACUAGGGUUGCUUCUCCCGGCCCUGCUGCUUUUCCCAACACGGUUGCUUCCAACCCUACUGCUGUUUCCAACGCUACUGCUGCUUCCAACGCUACUGCUGCUUCCAACGCUACUGCUGCUUCCAACGCUACUGAUGCUUCCAACGCUACUGCUGCUUCCAACCCUGCUGCUCCUCCCAACACUGCUGCUACUUCCCAACUGAGCAACCCCCUGUAUGGCAUCAGCUCCUUGAAUACAAAGGACGUCGUAGUGCUGGUCAGAGAUCUGCUCAAGAACACAAACAUCAUCAAGUUCGACAAGGACGAACCGACUAGUCAAAUGGACGAUGAAGGAAUUAAGAAGCUCAUAGAGAGUUCCUUCUUCGACUUGAGCGACAACACCAUGUUAAUGCAGUUGCUCAUAAAGCCGCAGGCAGCCAUGUUAUUCAUCAUUCAGUCCUUCAUUAUGAUGACACCCUCCCCCACGCGAGACGCCAAAACCUAUUGCAACAAAAGCCUAGUUAAUGGCAAGCUAAUCGAAACCUCCGAUAUAAAGGCUUCGACGGAGGAAGAAGACCUGAUAACCGAGUUUUCCAGCAAGUACAAUUUAUUCUACGAAAAGCUGAAGAUGGAAGAGUUGCGAGAAAUUGAAGAGAACAAGAAAGCUAUCAAGAAUUCGAAGGGCAGCCUGUCCGUGCUGGAGGUCGCCAACUCGCAAAAUAGUCCCGACGGGAAGAGGGUCAACGGAAGCGGAAACGACGCGAAUGGAAACGCCGCAAAUGGAAACAACGGAAGCGGCUCCCCCCUCCUCGUAGUGGUAGGGGCCGAUCUCGGCGAAAAAACCGAAGACAUCAUCAAGAACAAUGUGGACGUGGCAACCUUGACAGAAGGCGUGGAACAAGCCUUUAAAAACCUCUCAUUGGAAGGUGGAAGUUUCUCGGCAAACUUAUCGCACGCGCUGGUUCUCCUCUCUUCCAUUGCUUUACUCCUAUUCAUUUGUUAA